AUGCGGAAGUAUGGAGUUCAACAUAGAUUGGCUACUCCCUAUCAUCCUCAAACAAACGGGCAAGCCGAAGUUUCUAAUCGGGAGAUAAAGCAAAUCUUGGAGAAGACGGUGAAUCCAUCAAGGAAGGAUUGGAGUUCAAGGCUAGACGAUGCAUUGUGGGCUUAUCGAACGGCCUACAAAACUCCCAUUGGCAUGUCACCUUAUCGCUUGAUUUUUGGGAAGAUGUGUCACUUACCUGUUGGAUUGGAGCAUAGAGCAUAUUGGGCAAUCAAGAAGGUGAACAUGCAAUCGCCCAAGUGUGAGGAGGAGAGGAGAUUUCAACUUCAAGAGUUGGAAGAGCUUCGUCUUGAAGCUUAUGACGCAGCGGCGUGGUACAAGGAUCGCACCAAGAUGUGGCACGACAAGAAUCUGCGAGGAAAGACAUUUGAAGUCGGCCAAAGGUGCUGUUUUCCAAUCAAAGCUGCGAUUGAUGCCCGGGAAAUUGAAGACGAAGUGGAUUGGCCCCUUCGUUAUACAGUCUGUUUGCCCAAACGGAGCAUUUGA